GUACACAAACAGGAGUGCAGCCCAUUGUAAGGGACCAUCUCAGAUAAUCACUUCUAUUUCUACACAGUGAAGGACAAUCAGACAGUUUACAGCAGAGACCGAGCGCGUGAAGAUGAGGACGAAGCUGUUUUGUGUUGCCAUGGUGAUGACCCUGAUGUCCGCAGCGCUGCUCAUCACCUACUGUGGAUCUGGAUUUAUGUCAGAACUUGUAGUUCACGCAAAAAGGGCCGAUGAUGGUGAAUCAUCGUGGCCAACAAGACCAUCAUGGACGACGAGAGCAUGGUGGACCACUCCAGGAUAUCCUGGAACAAAUCUAAAUGGGAAGAUGUUCACUUUGAGUGCUAAUGGAGGAGGAAUACGCCUCUAUCCAACAUAUUUCAGACACACUCCAUACUCCGGGCAUUCAGCGACUCCCUACAGAGACAUGAAUAUUACCACCCAACCCUACACCACCCCCAGUCUCAAGACUCGACCCUACACCACCCCCAGGCCCAAGACUCGACCCUACACCACCCCCAGUCUCAAGACUCGACCCUACACCACCCCCAGGCCCAAGACUCGACCCUACACCACCCCCAGGCCCAAGACUCGACCCUACAGAACUACUAGAUACCCUUACUGGACUACAGCAUCUCCUUACAGAGGUGUGUCAGUGUGUCUGCGUUACCUGGCCGCUGCCCAUCAAGCAGUCAUCCGCACUCUCUUCACUCUCAGUCCAUCCACAACCCCUUUGACAGUGGGUGUUGAAUUCCCUGACCGGUAUUUUCUGCCGAUAAACCCGUACUACUACACCGAUGUGUACCUGACGCCAUCCGUCCGGUUUUGGUCAAACCUGAAUCCAGAGGUCUGGACCAGAGUCUGCCUCACUGUGGACACUGAGCGGAACGUGGCUCAGCUGUUCAGUGGGUCGAACAUGAGCACCAGGAGGAUCCUGCCCUCUAGGUACUUGUGGUCAGGUGAGCCCGUGAUCGAUAUUCCAGGCUUUGACGGUCAGGUGACGGACGUCCAGAUGUGGGAUUAUCCUCUCCGCUACAAAGAAGUCUUCAACUACAUGACCAGAGGUUUCUACGUGCCGUACCGCGGCUCCGUCAUCACCUGGUCGUCCAUCAGCUACUCUCUUGAGAGGAGAGGACAGACGCUGCUGGAAGACAUCUUUGAGAAGCAGGGGAUCCAGCCAAUCAGCAGCCGCCAAGGGAAAAGUCGACGCCCAAAAGGAGAGAGGAAGGGCAGAGAGUUUGUCCACAUGGUACAGAAGAAAGAGGAGAAGAAAGAGUGGUUUAAAUGAAGCAAACAGGAAGAAGUCUACUAAAUAUCUGUUUUUAACUACUAAUCAAUAAUAACUGAUCAGUGAUUUUAUGAAUGGGAGAGUUGAUUCAGAGUAUAGAGCCAUGAUGAGGUGCAGAAGUGUGAUAUUCUCUCAGCUGACUUAGUGACCAAAGUCUUCAUCAUCUUAACAAAAUCAUGAUUUGGAAAAUGUAAGCUUUGUCAGGUCUGUCUUUAGAAACAACUUUUAAAACGCCUGUUGAACGGAGGUCAUAUCCAUCAUUUCUGAUGCAUUCAAGGAAGUCUGUGAAUCUCAACACUGAUUGGACUUUGUGACUGUGCUGAGCAGAGUUUUCUCUAAUUUAGCUGUUUUUUUAGUUGUACCUUUGCAGAUAUGUGUUUAUUGAGAUGAUUAAAUAUUAUUUUAGGUAACCUCUGAUGGGUGCUAGGAUGUCAUUAAAUAAUAACCUUUUUUUGCUGCCCUCUCCAAAGCCUGCUGUGAUUGGUUAACACUGGGACUCCAAACAUACAGCUUAGGGCAACCAGAACUCUUCGUGUACUAACAUCCAGACUCCUGGACUUAUGUUUUUCUGAUAUCUGAUCAAUGAAUGGAGACUUCUGUCAUAGUAGCAUCUUUUUCAUUUACCUUUAAGUGUAUUUGUGUGCUUUGUUAUUCAUCGUAUAAACGUUCAAUAAAGAGAUGGCUGAGGACAGCAUAUGUGUCACAGCCAGACCCUUUACAGAAGAA